UUCACAAUGGGCGGAUGCUUUUCCCGCAGAAACAAUGAGGUCGGACAACGACCAAAUCUCCAGCCGCCUCUGCCACCAGCACAAGUGGAACGAAUCGGGGAUCCUAUAGUUCGAGAUCCAGCCGAACCCGCCCAGCCCAUGUUCCUGCCACCUCGCCAGCCACCGGGUCAAGCACCAAAUCCACGAACAGUGGAAAUCAUUCACGAUGAACUUGAACAAGAGCCAGAAGCCGUCGGAGCCCCCGCCGCCGAAGAAGAACAGUUGGAUCAUCAACAGUAGAUCCACACAAGUCGGGAUUAUAUCUAAAUUUCGAUUAUUUCAAUUCCUUCCAAUCAUAUCAAUGUAUCGGCGUCUAUAUUUUCUAUUCGUAAACAUGAUUGUCUGUAAAAUAAAUCAAUGUAUUU